AUGCCGCCCGCGACACAGGCACCGACUGAAAGUGCCCCGGCUUCCAGUAGCCCGGGCUCCGAAUCGAGCUUUCAGCUGCCGUGGAAUGCCAUUCCAAGAUUUACUCCGGGUACGACAGAUGUCACUGAGUACUCAAAGAAGCUACAGCUUUUGGCGGCCAUGUGGCCGAAGGAGAGCAUCUCGCUGCUCGCUCCACGAGCAGCUUUGCUUUGUGAAGGCACCGCCUUCAAGAAGGUGGCCAAGCUUUCAGCUGACAAACUGAAGAGCAAUGAUGAGAGCGGCGUGCAGCUGCUAGUGGCCAUUUUUGGAACCAUUCAGAAAGCCGACGAGUCGAAUGACAGCUAUUUGGCCAGGCAUGACGUUCACUUCGAGGAGCUUCUGUCGCAGAGUGUGACUCUGGAGGAUGUUCGGGCUUACGUUCUGCUCAGACAAUCAGCCUUAUCGGCUGAGGAGCGGAAGAAGAUUGUGGUGGAGAUGAGCGGAGCCCUCAAGUAUGAUAAGGUCCGCUCGGCGAUUCGUCUGCUGGGGUCAAGGUUCUUUUCUGAUUUGCAAGGCCAGCGCGGCGCAUUUCGGAGCAAGACUUAUGAUGCCAAUGUGGUAGAGGACUCGGGGUUCGAUGAGCCGGACCGCAUUUAUCACGCGGCGGCGACUCCGAGUAUCGCCGAGGACUAUGAGGGAGAACUUGAGCCUGAGUACCUGGAGGCCUUGAUUGCGGCGGAGGACGGCGACGCCCUCGUCGUCCAGAACUUCGAGGAGGAACUAGAAUCCUUCUUCCAGGAAACUCCGGAGAUGCAAGAGGUCUUGGUGAGCUACAUGGAGGCUCGAUCGAGGUUGCUUUCGAAGCGGAAGGUCAGGCGAUUCUGGCCCGUGAGCGGGCACAAGGGCGGAAGGGCUUCCGGGAAGGGGGCCAAAGGAAAAGGCAAGGGGAAGGGCAGCAGAGAGCAGCUCUUGGCGAGAAUCGCCAAAUCCACUUGUCGGGCUUGCGGGGAACGCGGACAUUGGAAAGCGGAAUGUCCGAAGUAUGGUCGCCCCGGAUCGAUGACGGCGGCCAACAAGACUGAGGCCACGACGACCUUUGCCGAGGAAUGCCCAGAGCAAGCUACCGCCUUCAUGACAGGCCUGGCCACCGGGAUGGCUGGCGAGGAGAUCCUUACGGAGCUGCCCGAGGAAGCAGUCUCCCUUGCCGAGGCGUUGAAUGUAACGGGGGCUGGCGAUGUGGAGCCAAGGACUGGACUGAGGGCCCUCCGCGUAGGCCCACGGCAGGCUCCACAUGUGAACAGAGGGACCGUAGAUCGCCAGGUUUUGUGGCUUGGGAUAGAAGUGGUUGCGGGCAGCACGCCGUUACUGUUCUCCAAAAGGGCAAAUAAGCAACUUGGGGGUAUCAUUGACACUAAUGAUGACACGUGCUGCCUCCUGCGUCUUGGCAAGAAGCUGCAACUGCGCACCAGCGCUACCGGACUUUACAUGCUGGACCUUGCCCGAUUGAGUGAAGAAACCUGUGCUGCCAGCGAUGAUCAGUGCCAGCAUGCCUGUGAAGUCACCGCCAUGUCCUUCAAGGCCCGCUGUACAGAUGUUUUAGCCAAGAAUGCCAACCUUCCGAAGCCCGCAGCCAGCAGUGUCGAGGUGCCAGCCGAGACCGAGAGGUUGUCCCUCGGAGCACGGUUCAGCCGGAUGAAUCGAGCCGAGAAGACAUACACCUUGACGCAGGCACGCACGGUGCCGCUAGCCGAAGUGGGCCGCCUUACGAUCAAUUUUGGGAAGCAGGUCAAAGGCCGCAGCUUCGAAGAUGUGGUGACCCAGGAGCAGUCAUGGGUCCGUUGGUGUUGCGACCAUUUGGCAGGGAGCGAGAAACACGAACACAAGAUGUGUUUGUUGUACAUCGAACGGUGUGUGCAAGAGGCCGAAGCCUUGGAGCAGGAGUUGACCCAAAGCCUGGACGAGGAUUUCGCUUCCACUCCCGAGGUUCCGAUCAAGAGUGCAAGACUUCCCAAGCGCAAAGCUGCGCCUCGCAGCGUUCCCAAGGGCGGGGAAGAUCAAUGGGAUGUGGUCGUGGAUCCCGAUUCGGCGCGCCGGGUCGACGAGCAGAUCAACGAUCUGAACAGUCGAGUCAUGCAGAUGGAAAAGACCGAGCUUCGCCGUGUACACGUGAAUCUAGGACACCCGUCACCGGAGGUGCUUGCACGCCACUUGCAGGCAGCAAAGACUGAUCAUCGUUUGAUUGCCGCUGCUCGCGAGUACCAGUGUGACUCCUGUCUGGAGUCGACGCAGCCGCUUCACCAACGGCCUAGUAAGUUCCCGGUAAUCAAUGAGUUCAAUGAUUUGAUCGGGGUAGACGGCUUCUACUUUAAGAGUAAGUCUGGAUAUCGCACGUAUGUUCUUCAUGCCAUUGAUGAAGCGAGCUGUUUUCAGCAAGGGCUGAGCGCCACCGUCGGCGUUUGGACAUUCGCUGUCAAGCUCGGUAAGUCUAUUGUGUGGGUGGCCCACGGCACGACUGUCAUCCGGAGUGCUCCCGAGAAUCUUCGACCGGCAUCCCUCCGCGAGUGGCAGAGCUUAACCAAUUCACAGCUGGAAGAGCCGUGGAAGAAUGCCGGCGGACUGAUCUCUGAUCAGGUGUACUUGUCCUGUGAAGAAGCUGGAUUCCACGAUGAAUCGGGGUCCGAGUUCUCGCACUUCAUGACGUUGCAGACCGGAGAUUCCUCCACCGCUCCUUUAGCCGAGGAUAACUUGCCCUAUGUGAUGGAGCCUUUGCACAAUUCUCCAGAGCAAGCAUAUUGUCUAGAGGUUCCCUUAAAGCCUAAAGAAGUUAAGCGAUGGAGGAAAGAAAAGUCUGCUGGAGACCUGGUUGCCGUUGCCGCUGCCAUGAAGCGGGCACGCACUGAGGUUUGUCUGAAGGACUUGAGCGCCAAGGAGUUGACUUUCUUUGAUCAGGCCAAACAAAAAGAAAUCAACUGUUGGAUUCAGACAUCGGCUAUCCGGGCCAUUCUUCGCCGAAAGUUGAACCCAGAACAGAUUCUCAAGUCACGAUGGAUUCUCACGUGGAAAGCACCCGAAGUCGGUGAAACCCAACAGCGUGCUAAGGCACGCUUAGUGGUGCUAGGCUUUCAGGACCCUAAGUUGACUGAAGUUUGCCGUGAUGCCCCAACUUUGUCCAAGGAAGGUAGAUCCAUUGUUCUUCAGACGAUUGCCUCCAUGCGCUUUCAGCUGAGCUCUUUUGAUAUCAAGACCGCCUUCUUGCGUGGAAAGGCAGAUGCAGCAAAUCCCUUGGCAAUGGAAAUGCUGACGGCCGGGUCGACGCGAGAUGAGGUUUUCAAAGGUAAGAUUAGUGAGCUUGAAGACGAUGAGUAUGUCCGUAACAUUCCACAGAUUGAUGUAGGUAGCCUGCAGUACGCCGUGACCUAUACCCGACCCGAUGUAGCGGCUAAGUUGGGGGAAAUACAGGGUCAGACGUCGGGUGCCACUGUGCAGACGCUGCUGGCUGCCAACCGCGUCUUGCGUGAAGCACAGGAGACCUCCCAAGUUAGUCUUAAGUACCUGCCAAUCCCAGUAGACCAACUGACCUUCGUAUCCUUUGGGGAUGCCUCGUUUGCUUCUGCAAAGAAUCUGCAUUCUCAUCAAGGCGCGCUGAUUUGCGCGACGGAUGAGAAGUUGAGCCAAAAUCAAGAGGCACCGGUCUCUCCUGUAGCAUGGACAUCAAAGAAGAUUCCUCGAGUAGUGCGUUCUACGCUCUCUGCCGAGGCGUAUGCAAUGUCUAAAGCUGUGGAUAUCUUAGGUUGGGUUCGAGCACUUUGGGGAUGUAUUCACGUUGGAAAUUUCCAAUGGCAGCAACCAGAAGCGGGCUUCAAGCAAUUGCCUCCAGCCACGAUUGUUACUGAUUGCAAAUCGUUGUACGACUUGGUGACUCGGCUGGCCAUGCCGUCUUGUGAGGAGUUCCGCACGACCUUGGAAGUGUUGCUGAUUAAACAGCGCUGCUUGGAAAACGCGCACUUGAGGUGGAUCCCAACCACUCUUCAAGUUGCAGAUAGCCUCACCAAGCCCAUGGACCCCGUGCUUUUCAGAACCGUUCUCGCUCAGGGUCUUUGCAAGUACCUCGACCACGUCCUGAAGUGCACGGAGCCUCCCGCACCCAAGUUCCUGGUUCAACUCAUGGAUGACUUCGUUACCAAGUACUGGGCCGGAAACUUGGAGCGGCUGCUGGCCACACCCGUCGAAGAGCCUCCGCCCGCAGAGAAGGAGCCGCCGAGGCGAAAAACCGGACUCUUCGAGGAGUUUAGCAGACGUGUGCGGCCAGGAGAGCACCUGCAAGAAACGCCGCCGCCUCUGACGAACCUCAAAGAGGCAAUGCUCAGGAGGUAUGCAGCAUCCGCCGCUGUCAUGGCGAGAACCAAGGGAUUUGCUUCACUGAAGCAGGUCAGACCCCUGGCUGCUAGGCAAGCAGCCAAGGCUCAUGCCAGGCCCUUUCUAGAAGCCGUGGCACCGGAGGAGGUUGCGGAAGAUGCCUGCCCACUUUGCAAGCGGCACCUGAGGCAGAAGGACACCGGCGUCAUCCGGCUACGGUCCUGUGGGCACGAAGUGCACGGGGACUGCUUCAAUGACCUGAUCAGUGGCACCGACCGUUUCCGUGGAUUCUCUCGGACGGCUUGCCCCAAAUGUGGCGAGCUAUGGUCCGAGCGUGCCGGGCGAAAGCAGCCGGUGCUACCUGAACUUGUGAAAGUCGACGAAUAG